UCUUCUUCUUCAUCAGUGAAGCAGGGAAACAGUAAGAAGAGAUCGAGAGAUGGAUGUGAUCUCGGGGAGGAUGGCGUCGACGCUGAAUCCGAACGCGGAGCCGUUCGUGCCGGCGGUGUAUAGAUCGGUGGAGGACUUCUCCGAUGAUUGGUGGGCUCUUGUUCAAUCCACGCCUUGGUUCCGUGACUACUGGCUCCGUGAGUGCUUCUAUGAAGAGCUUAUUUCCGAUGCGGACCUUGAUCUUCUUGGAUUUGACGAUCCUGAACUCUCCGACGUCGAGGCUGAUUUGCUUUUCCACUCUUAUCCUUCUCUUCAGCAGGAGGAGGAGAAGAAGAGGAUGGAGGUGAUGGCGUGGGGGACGGACAAAUGGAAGGGGAUUAAAGGGCGGAUGGAGGUUCCGAAGAACAACAACGAGAAGGCGGCGAAGAUCGUGAAUUUGAGGGUGAGUCCUCGGAUGAUCCAGCAACCACGGUGAACUGACAGAGAUCUCUGUCACACUGUGAGUGGGUGAGUCUUGCGCCUUUUUGGUUUUUAAUUUUUGUAAAUUAUGUUGUAAAUUUUGCUGACUUUUGGAAGGAAUAAAUGAAACUCUUCCCAC